AUGACAGCAGCAGCAAAACUCGAAGAUCGAUCCGGUCAACCGAUUACUGAAGCCGAGAGAAAAACGAUUGAAGAAGUUCGGAAAAGGUUCGAUAAUUCACAAAAAACGGGAGAGAGGGAGGGGCUCUAAAUACUUUUUUUGACAUAAAAAGUUCCCUACAUUCCUCUCCCAUUUGAUAUCAAUCAAUAUUUUCUUCCAGAAUAACCGAUUCUCUCCCUGAAGGAAUUCCAUCAGACAUCGACACUGAUAUCAAUUUAUGUCGAUGGAUUCGUGGAUACAAAGGAGAUCAAAUAAAACUUGUUGACAACUUCAAACAUUAUAUUGCAUCAAGAAAAGCGGCUGGAUUUGUAGGAGAAGAUUUUGCGGAAAAGUUUUUCGAGAUGGAUGAAAUCGAGCCAUUUUUGAAAUGGAUCGCAUCUUCGAGACUGCAAGAUCGACAAUGGUCGGAAGAAUUGAAUGCGUAUUUGUUUGUGGAAAGAGCAUGGUCUCAACCGAGAGAGGUUAAUUUCAAUUCACGAAAAAACCACUCUAAAGCUUUUAAAAUUUCUAUAACAAUUAAAAUCUUUAUUUUCAGUUCAUCAAAACAUUCAAAACUAGUGAUUAUUUAUUACAUUGUUUCGGAUAUUCUGAAAUGCUCCAACAAUUGAUUCUAAGGUAAUUUUUCCCCAAAAAUAACAUCCAAUUCUAAUUUAUCCAUCUCCUAGGCGCGAGAAAAAUCAAUCACCAGAAAAAGGGCCAGUUCAAACAAUAGUCAUAUUUGAUCUGAGCACAGUAAACAUCACAGAUUAUGUGAAUCCAAUGUCUGGUUAUAUGAAACUUUGGCAAAUUCGAAGUGAACUUUGGCAAAAUUGGUAUCCGGAAAUGGUGCAACGAAUUUAUUUGGUGAAUCCGCCGAGACUUAUUAAUCUUUUAUGGAAAGUUGCAAGAGUGUUUUUAUCCGAGGAGAAUUUGAAGCGAAUUGAAAUUGUUGGAAAUAUGCCAGAUUUGGCGAAUAAACAUUUACCGAGAUGGUUUGUUCCCAAAGAAUAUGGAGGUUAGAUUUUUGGCUUUUGAGAAAAUUGACGGCUCGAAAAAUUGUUGAUUUGAAGAAAUUUUUGGAAUUCAGAAUUACUGUUCAAAAAAUGAAUUUUAGAAAUAAAAAUAAACGCUCAAAAAUAAGUCCCCAAUUUUUUAAUUGAAAUUUUAAAUUACUGUUUUGGAAAAAGUUUAAAAGCUCGACAAGACAAAUAUUAUGACGUGGCAAAGUUUUAGUUAUUAGGGUUGAAGAAUGUCAAUGCUUAUUUUGAAUAAAAAAAUCAAAGAAUAUACAGUAAUACAUGUUUAUGAACUUGGUUCAUGAAAUAAUGAUUCUGAUUGAAAUAUUUCAAAAAAAAGACAAAGUUUUUCGAAAUCUUUCAAAUCAGCUUUAAAAAUUUUCAAAAUCAACCAAAACAUUUUUGCAGGUGAUUUUGUGAAUACAACUCCACCAGGCGAUGAAACCGGCGUAUCAAUUCGUCAAAAAAUCACUAAUAAAGAUCAUUAUAUUCCACAUUUGCAUUAUAAAGCGAACGGUUUACUCGAUCGACCAAAAUCUAGUCACAAAGAUAUUUCCCCAAACACACCAUUUGUUGUCAAUAUUCAAGUUGGUGAAGGAAAAAGUCUGCUGUGGGAUUUUACAGUAAGCGGAGAGGUCGAAUUUUGUAUCUCUAGGAAUAAGGUGAGGUUUUUACUUGUUUAUUUUUGAUUAUGGGGGUCAACAUCUUCAGAAUCAUACCAUGAGAGACGUGUCUAAAGUGAGCAAUUGUCCGAGUACGCCCGCGUUCACAAGGUCACGGGUUCAGGUUUUCUUAACUAAGAAUUUAAAUUUUGGAACACUCUCUACAGAUGUGUUUCUGUCAUUCAGAAACUUCCAAUGAUCUCAAAUUUCUUUCAAAAAAUCCAAUUUCCAGAACCCAAAUGAUCUUGUGUAUCCUCGUCUGCAUUUGGUCACAAAUAAAUUGAAUGAAGAAGGAGUUUUGAAGAAAUUGAGAGAAGGCGAAUAUUCGCUCGAAUUUUUCAAUACUUCCGGAUAUUUUACAUUGAAAUUGGAAUAUACAAUUGCUGUUGUUUAA